UUUUUUUCUUUCAUAGCCCAACUUAUGGUCAUAAUGAUUAGGUAUUCCAUCACAUAGUCUAGCCUUUAAGGGCACGAAUGGUAAAGGUUACCCAAUUUAAGAAUGACGAUGUAGGCCAUCAAGGAGACCCAAAAGAAACAUACUUUUAACCAAAAGUAAGAAUGUCCUUUGGAGGCAACAAAACAAACUUCCAGCUCUUGUAAAUCAUCGCUAUAAAGAAUAAAUCUCGGCUACUCAAACAACCCAGUCCAAUAGUUGGUACUACUGAAAAUCCAACUGACGGGUAAGGAAAAGCUUAGGACAAUGACAGGGAUUGGCUCUUCAUGUGGAGCGUGCAAGUUCCUCAGGAGAAAGUGCACCGGUGAAUGUGUGUUUGCUCCUUACUUUUGUUAUGACCAAGCUGCAUCCCACUUUGCAGCAGUGCACAAGGUGUUUGGUGCAAGUAACGUUUCAAAGCUAUUACUACACCUACCAGUACACAACCGAAGUGUCGCGGCAACCACCAUUGCUUAUGAGGCAAUGGCUAGGGUGCGGGAUCCCAUAUAUGGUUGCGUUGCCGAUAUCUUUGCACUCCAACAACAGGUUGCCAACUUACAAGAGGAGAUAGAGAUCCUUGGGAACCAAAUGGCUAAUGUCGCAGUUGGUGUCAGCAGUUGUGGAAGCUCUCAAGCAAAUACCAGCCCAUAUGAUGGGUUACAAUUCUCUUCGCAACAUGAUGACAUGCACGCACAAUAUUAUCAAAACCAACAAGGUGGUCUACUUUCCUAUACUGGAAGUUCGACUGCCAACCAUGCCUCCUUUGAUAGCCAGAUGGAUAUACAGCUCCCUCCUUUAUAUGGAUGGGAAAACCAAAACUUAUUUGAUGACUCUGUUCCAACUAUCUUAGAGAGCCUCAUUGAGGAAAUUAGCGAAGAGACUCCAUGGUUGUACAAGAAUAUGAAUGUCAAAACCUGCGCGGGUCCAAUCUAAAAAUACCACGAAUAGCUUUCGUGUAAACAGAAGGCUUGUGUUAUAUAAGGACUCCUUUCGGCUUCCUAUGGUAACAGAUUUUGUACUAGGCCUGAUUUUGCAAUUUAAGUAUGCGUAUGACCUGGUUUUUGAGUUGUAGGCAUAGUUUAUUCUAGUUUAAGCCAUACAUAAACAUCCUUCUCUUCUCUAUGCUCGACCUCAUACCCUCACUUCACAAUCAAUCGUAGUUGUCUGGAAAUUAUACUACAAAUACCUUAUGUGGGUCGUGAGAGACAUGCAGAUCACGGGUACAAUAAUUUUAGAAAAAGUGCUUGCAUUCAUCCCCGGCAUGAGUAAUAAGAAACAUUUAAAUGAAUAGAAACUGAUUCAAGGCAGUGAUUUAAUCCCAGAAACAAGCCAAAGAUCACAAUAAACUCAAUAAAACCCUACGAUGUUAACGGGAACCAAAGAGUACACGAUUCGUAAGCAACAAAGACCAACAAACAAUUAAAAACUGCAUAACUAAAUGAAACCAGCCACUUCAGGGGCUAAACAGAAAGAUAAGAGAAUGCCAGACUAAUAGAGGAAAUACGCGCACAUACACCCAUAUUAAAGUUAGUACACAUGCUUUAAUGUAUACAUGUAAAUCCAGAAAAUCUUGCAACAAGUUAAAUACACUGCCAAUCAUAUUUUCAUCCGUUGAAGGUCAGUAGUCUGGCUCUUGCCUAUUCUGAUUAUCAAUUAAAA